UCAGACUGGUUGCAACAGGGCUUUUUUGUAAAGCACAUUCGCCGGUCGGGUCGUACGGUGUGGCUCUUCUUUAUUAAGACAGACUCUGCCUUGCUGUUUUAGGGACCAUGCAUCUGUGGUGGACUGCCUGGCAAAGAGUGGCGCUGCUUGUGCGGAGACCUGUCUUUACGAGGAAUGUACUCUCUUUGCGGCACAUGUCAUCCAGUCAGGUGCCAGGCUCAUCAGGAGACAGCAUGAUGUACAUUCUUCUAACUGGUGGAUGUUGCUUAGGGGCUGGCUUUUAUACUUAUAGAACUGUAACAAGAGACCAGGCGAGGUUCAAUGAUAGGAUUGAAGAACUUAACAGCCGUUCAAAGCAACAAUGGACCCCAAAGCCUUGGCCACCAAAGGCAGAACAAGAGGAAUCUGGAGAACAGGUUGCAGAAGAGCCUUUGGUGGAGCCUCAGCUAGAAUCACACGUUGAGGAAAUAGCAGAGGCUCUGGAAGAGGCAGCAGCAGAGGUGACAGCAGAAGUAUCCAUCAUACCUGAAAAAGAAGCUGACUCUGCACCAGCUGAAGAAGUUGAACUUCCAUCAACAGAGCAACUAUCUCCUGUGACGGAGCAACCUGAAGAAGUCAGUGCAGAGGAGGUCACAACAGUUCAAGAACCUACUAUAGAAGCCAUUCCAUUUCUGGAAAUUACUGAAGACACUUCAGUUAAUUCUGAAGCAGUCAUAAAGGAGGAGGAGCCCUUGGCCACUUCUGAAGACCCAGUGGUAUCGCCACCUUUGGACAACUGCAAUAUAUCUGUUGACCAAUAUUCAGCUGAAGAUGCUACCCAGGAAAGAAAAGCUUCUGUAGCUGUCCUUCCCAUUGAAAUAAAAACACUAGAGGAAGAGGAAGUGAUUACAACAGACAGAGAGUUUGUGCCCAACACUCAGCUUGCUGAUGAAGAAACCGUCUUGCAAGAUGUCAUAGAUGCUGUUGCCCAGGUUUCAUCAACUACUGAUGAGGUCACGCUAAAACAAGAGGAAUUUGUCGAGAACUCAGCAGAAAUACUGGAAGAAACUGCUCAGGAAUUUGAAGAAUCCACAGGUGUAGCUGAAAAUUCUGUCUCAGAAAAACAAGAGGAAAAAUCUGUCGAGAAACAAGAAAGUCCUGCUGAUGGCCAUGAAGAAGAUGCCCAGGAGCAUCAAGCUCCUGAAACAGACACUGAAGAGAAAAAAUCGCUUAUGAGGAAGAAAGCAUAACACAAGAGGUUGCUGAGGAUGCAGCUCUGGCUGAAAGGGCCUAAAUUGACUUGAAGACAUCAUGAAGAAGCAUAAUUUAUAGUAAAAAAACCUCAGUGCCUUCCUUCAUUUUUACUGUCCAUGUACAUCGCAAGCAUGACAUGUAAUCACAAAGAGAUGAAGUUAACUAGACUCAUUAACAUUUGCUACAACCAAUCAAUGUGUUUAAAGGCAUUCAGAACAAAAGUAACUCAAACAUGCUAACUCUAGUUCAGAGUCAAGGGGAGCAAAAACCUAUCCUAGCAGCCCUGAUACAUUUCUAAUACUACUCAGAACUGCCCUUGGCUUUAGUUUUUAGAUAAAAUACCCUUUUCCUUAAAGGUGUUUCAAAUAGCAUUUGUCUUAUGAACUGUUAAAACAGAUUGUGAAACUGCUGCAUCUGUCAUUUAUGACUUAUGGCAAUGUGCAGUAUGAUUUGAAUUCUUUUACUUGCUUCUUGUAAGGUCUGUCUUAAUGAUGUUAAAUGCCGGGACACCUUUGGUCUGAGCUGUGAAUCCAAAAUCAAUCCAGUUUUAUCUACCGAGUAACUAGGAGCUCAAAAUCACACAUUUAUUUUGCUAUUCUGACAUUUUAUAUUCAGAUGACAAAUAUGCCCCAUGGUGGUGAGGAGGACAGGAGUUAGCUCUAAUUCCUCACUGUCCCUGGAGAGUGGGUUCACAUUUUAGUCAGAUCAAUACCUAUGUGGAGUUUUCAUAGCAAUUCAGUUGUUUUUUUUCUUCAGGGUCUUCUGGCUUCCAGCCACAUUCCAAAAACACAUACCUUAAUAAUACUACAUUUGCUCAGUGUGAUUCAGCAUGGCCCUGUUCAGGUUUGGUUCCUGCUUUAGGAACACCCACAUCCAUACAAAAAGGAUGGAUGUAGAAGAAUGAAAAUGGCCUCCAUAUUAAUAAAUAGUGAAUGACCUGGUUGACAGACUAGUUUUAGAUACAGUAUAUCAUAAUUAUGACUAAGAUACAUGCAUCCUUCUUUUUGUCACCGGAUAAGAUGAUAUAUUUUGGUGUGAAAACCAACAUGUUACUUUUGUUGCAUAAAGAUGUUAUCAAAUCUCUGAUCAUAAUGGUGUCUUUAUGGGGACUGAUUUAAGGUACAGUAUACACCAGGAAAAGAUUUAGAGGCUGUGCAAUGGCUUACAUGCUUGUAUUUUUUCCAGUACCUGGAAAGAGAUUCAUAACUCUGCAUGUACUAAAUCAACAUAUAUUUUUGGUUUAUUAGCUACAGUUGUAGCAUAUAUAUUAUAGUUCCUUUCUCCACUGGAUUGGCCAUUAUCCUACUGACUACGUCAGUCAGUAACAAAAUUAUGACCACAGAAAUGUAAAAUAGGUUGGGAUUCUAGCAAGGCAGGCCAAGAAGUUGUGAAUGGGACUGGGAGACAGAAAAACACUAAAACAAAGUUUAGAGACAGAACAGAGUUAAAUACCAGGACCAGGACAUCAAAGACAAAAAUAACACACUAGAACUUCUUGGGAAAUAAUCACUCUCAAAAUGUCUGAAAAAAGCAACUAUAAAUCCAGAAUUUUGAACAAUGAAUGAUCAACAGUGACAAUUUUAUUACUGUCGUACCAGUGACGUCACUUGUUAUGACCACUCAUGUCACAUGGUACCACAGAGACUACAUGCAAAACAGUGGAAGGUGGCGGCACCCAUAAGGAAAACAAAUAAUGGCGCACAAGACUCCAAAUAAAUUUAAAAUACUGAUACCUCAAGAUAAGAAAUCCAAUUACAAACAUGAACUCUGCAUAUACGCCUAAAAAGAACAAAACAAUCACAGAAAUUUAUAACUGUUGAUAUUCAUGGCAGCAGGAAGCUCUGUUUAUUGCCUUUUUGGCAAAACAGUAAAAUGUUUGCAUCAGGACUACUGCUGGCAAAAUCAGGGUCAGUCCAUUGAAAAGACAGAGGGUUGUGAUAGCUGUAAUGCUUUAUCUUAUGGUUUCCAGAAGGGGAUGUGGCAUGUGGUACACUGCAAGCAGGUUCAUGGAUCUUCUUCUUGGUCUUUAACACCCUCUGUUGGAUGAGAAGGCUUGUAUCUAAAGGGCUGGGCAGCCUCCAGAUCAUUCUCUGGCAGCUCCUUAUAAUCAGUACUUGUAUAGACAGCAGCAUUAUCACAUACAUAACUGUGUACUUUAAGAUGCUGAAUCAAAGUUAGAGGGGAACAAUUAAAAUAUGCUAAUAAUGUAUUAAGUGUAAUGUUCCCAACUUUUAAACACCUGGACUAUUUCACAUAAUUUUUUUCUUCCAGGAUUUUAGCCUCUUUUAUAUGUCACUUAGUUUAUAAUAAUGCCUAAUGUAUAAGAAUGCUUUAGUUGAAAACUGUUGGCUACCAGUGUUGUUCGUUCCUCCAUUUUAACUUUAUAUUGUCUUUCCCAAUUUUCACUGUUUAUAUCUUAGCAUUUCUCAGAUGUCCGUUUACAAUGUCCCACGGUGGGCAAACAUUCAGAAAACAUGACAGUUUUUCCUAAUUACCUCAUGUUUCUUAUUUUCUCUUUCAGCGUGUGUUUUGAAAGUGUGAAGCAAAGAAUUCUUUUUCUCAGACAAUCUGUACAUGUUGUGUAAGUUUUUUGUAGCUAUGCAUUGGGACAAUUUAAAAUGUGAGUUAACCAGAGACACUUUAUUUAAUGGUAUUAAGUAUAAGAACAGAAUGUGACCUUCUGUUCACUUAUCAGGGACAGUACAUGUGUUAGGUGGAGGUCUGGUUGUGUCAGUAUGGUUUACAAUCAAGUUGCCAGCCGAGAGGCUGAAACAAAGGCUUUGGUCCAAGUAAAAAAAGACUCGGGAUUUCUGGUCAAAAUUAAAAUAAUGUUCCAAUGGAAGGUUUACACUUUUCUCUCUACCUCACAAAUGAAAUGGAGUAUUUUCCCAAAAUGACAUAUAAUAUUAGCUUUGCAUAUUGUAAGAUAUUAUCAGGUUAGAUGGCUAAGUAUUCAUAUGCAUCCUUUGUUUUAGAAUAUAUUAAAAAUAGUAAUCUUAUUUAGGUAGUAAAUUGUGGAUGAAAGAGAACAAAAUUCAGCAUAAGAGUUGAUCAAACAUAUAUUGAAUCGUGUCCAAUGCAAAAGUGCUGUGCUGCUGCUAAAUAGUUGUAUUGAUUAAUAUAAUGGAAAUAAAAGAAUUCUGUGAAGCCAGA